AUGGGCGACUCGCGCGGUUCAAGGAACAUCCCUCUUUCUAGGGGUGCUGUCUCCGGCCCCUUCUUCUCCGCGGUGGCCAAGCAGGGGGCUUCUCCGGGGUCUCCGGGCCACGCACUCCACCACCCCCUGGCGUCGAUCCAGCCCCGGCCGCUGGAAACUCGGUGUGCUCCGCGUAGAGCCGGGAAUCGCGGUAUUGAGUGUGCAACGCGCCCCGCGCUCCGUUGCGUGUCCGGGACUCCCAGCGCGCGGCCCCCUCCCCCACCGCACAGACGGGGUGCAACCGCCCACGUGUCGCCCCUUGCCCAGUCCGGUCUUUCCCCAGGGCUCCCGGAGCCGGAGGAUCCGGAACGCGGGGGAGGGCCGCAGCCCCCUCCCCCGCUGCUGGCUUCCUCAAGCGCGGAGCGGAAAUUACCCCCUCCCCGCCCCAGGCUGACCUGGGGACGUGGGCGGGGCUUCAGCAGCCCCCCUCCCCUGGCGGCCUUCCAAAAUUUAGCACCCCAAACUAAGUUCCGAGACCCACACCCUGCGCAGGGACCACCGCUCUGUGCAUCGCGGGUGGAGCGGAGGCAGGCAACGCCACCUGUCCGCUCCUUGCGUGGAGAGGGCGAGGGGGACCUCGAGUCUCAACCCGGUCCCUCCCUUCUGAAGCCAAUCCUUAUGGUUUGGGGGCGCUCGGUGAUGCGACCACCCCUCGUCGUUUUUUUCCCACCCAGUUGGUCUUCGGGGGUGAUCUUGAGCCGGGUCGUGCAGGCUUCCCCCCAAGAACGCCGGACUGUUGUCAUCAGCAGCUGGACUGGGUGCAAGCCAGCUUUUCUCCAGUGGGGAUCCCGAAACACGAUUUCCUGCGGGUCCCUCGAUCUCAGGCGCUGUCUCCCGUGUUCUCAGCUUCCUGGUCCCGCGCUCUCAGGGUCCCCUGGAUCAGGACCCGGGAGCCCAGAGAAGUCUGGGGGUGUAGCGGGGAAGACAUCGAUCUCCUACUUAGAAACCUAGAGGAAAGCCGUCUUUCCUUUUAAAUAACCGGUUCCUGCGACCCCCUCCUGAAGACCCCAGAGUCCUCAGCUUCUCUUUGUCUGUCUCAGCCGUCCCCCGCCUGUCAGUCGCUAGCAGUUUGCCGGGGUGGGGUGGGCAACCCAGUCUCCACAAAACGAAUAAAAAAAU